UGAGGGCCCGGAAGCAUGAAACUCGGGGUGGGGCUCCCCGAAGUCCCCAGGGUCCACACAGCACAGAACCUCACGCAGGUCCACCUUCUUCCGCAGGAUGAACCAGACUCUGAAUGACAGCCAGGCGCCCACGCCCGACCCCAGCAGCCUGGAGCCGCGGGCGCUGGGCGUGCCCUACUGGGUGCUGAGCGCCCUGACCCUGCUCGUCUGCGUGUGCAGCCUGGCGGGCAACGGCCUGGUGGCGUGGCUGCUGAGCUGCCGCGUGCGGAGGACGCCCUGCACCGUCUACGUGCUGCACCUGGCCCUGGCCGACCUCCUCUUCCUGCUCUGCAUGGCCUCCGUGCUCAGCCUGGAGGCCGCCAAGGCGCACCCCAUGGCCUCCGAGGUGCUGCGCAGGGUGAAGUACUUCGCCUACACGGUGGGCCUGAGCAUGCUGACGGCCAUCAGCACGCUGCGCUGCGUCUCCGUCGUCUGCCCCGUCUGGCACCGGCAGCACCAGUCCCCGCGCCUGUCCGCCUGGGUGUGCGCGGCUCUCUGGACGCUGUCCCUGGUGAUGAACACCCUGGCCUCCGUCUUCUGCAGCAAGUACUGGCACUCGGAUGAGAACCAGUGCUUCGUGGUGGACGCGGUGUUCAGCGUGCUCAUCCUGGGCAUCUUCACCCCCGUGAUGACCGUGUCCAGCGCCACCCUGUUCGUGCAGGUGCGGAGGACCUCCCGGCGGUGGCGACGGCGGCGGCCCACGCGGCUGUACGUGGUCAUCCUGGCCUCCGUGCUGGUGUUUCUGGUCUGCGCCCUGCCCCUGGGCCUCUACUGGUUCCUCCUCUUCUGGCUGCACCUGCGGCCCCAGGUGGUGCGCCUGUACAGCUGCCUGUCGCGCCUGUCCGCCACCGUGAGCUGCGGUGCUAACCCCGUCAUCUACUUCCUGGUGGGCAGCCGCCACGCGGGCCCUCGGGAGCCCCUGGAGGCCGUGCUGCAGAGGGCGCUGCAGGAGGCCCCGGAGCUGGAGGGGAGAGAGACCCCCUCCGGGUACAACAACGAGGAAGGGGUCUGA